AUGAACAAAGUCCCUGGCAAGGGUUCCUGGUCACAGCUGGCACUCGACUUUUUCUCAGAACCUGUCCUUGAGGCGCAGACAGCAGACAAUGAGAUAGACCUGGUGCAAGGGUUUGUCAGCUGGGAGAAGCUCUCGUCAUUCUUGAAUACCACCUUUGCGGCCACAUUUCCCAAAGACAGUGGCCAGGCAUGCAGGUGCUUCGGAUCCUCUGGCGAAACCGACUUUCAAUGGCCCAACGUGCCACAGCAUCCCAUGCGCAUCUUCGAGAACCGCCUGUUUCAGCUCCUCCAUGCCGAAGUUCAAAGCUUCGUCAAGAAGCACCCGCGUGCUGCAGACGCCGGACCACACAUCAAAUGUGCCAUCGUUGCCCUGUGA